AUUAACUUCCAUGCUUUGUAGGCCCUUGAUGUGUGGUUGUAUAUAUGGAAUUGUUUGUUUUCUUUUCUGUAUCCAACUUGGUAGGGUAGUGCUACUUUAGAUUAUGCUGAAAAUUAAACAGUUACUGAAUUGUUUUCAUUAACAAAUUGCAGCUUUUCAGAAAUUAUUUGCCUGUUAUUCCUGAUUCUUUGUGUAAAUGAUGUCGUCUUAAUGAUAAUUAUCAUAUCUUUGCCAUAGUCGAUUCGUUUUUUUAUAAGCUUAGUCAAAGACGAAAUAAUAGUUCGCUCUUUGAUUAGUGAAUUUGUUUUUACUUUGUAGUUUGUUUCUAUUGAAUAAAAAUCCAAAGCUUCUAGUAUUCAAGCUAUGAAGGGUAUUUUAUGUUUUUAUAAAUUCGAUUAUAAUCCCUUAAGUUGAAACUUUUAGUUUUUGAGAAGGGCCUUAGAUUUUUCUAUGUUUUGUGUGUCUCGCCGUGUUAACCAAGUGAUACAUGAUUUUUGUGUACAUAAUUUUUGAAAAACGACUUUUCGUAUUCCUUCUUUUUUCCAUACUAGUACACCUGAAUUUACGUGAUUCUACGACUCGAAAAUUAGCAGUCAUGGUUCCAAGCCAGCCUCAAUAACGUGUUGUCAAUUAAUGCCAACUUGUACUUUGUGUGUUUCAUAUCUUUAUGUCACUCCAAGUAGGAUAAGCCUCUUUAUUUGGAUUUUAGUGAACUGAAUUUUUAGACCAAUCAUUAUUGAGAAGAAUCCUAUUUGCACAUCCUUUCGUUUUUACGUUUUAAAUGUUACAUUUAUUUUAUUGUUAUAAAUGGCUAAUAAAGAUUCAUACUUUGUUAUGCUUUUUUGAUAUCGGUGGUUCUUAGUCUCUCUAACUUUUCCGUCUAUGCUCCCUGGUUUUGCUUCAGGUUGCUUCAUGUGUUUAACAGUGUAAUAUUUAUAGCAUCUUUGAUUUUAUUGAAUUUACGUCGACCGAGUCAUUAUCGUUACACUGUUCUCACAUCCAUCAGACAUGCAAGCUGUUUUUCAAUUUCCAUUUAGACCUCGAAACAUUUUUUAUUUUAAAAAAGUCAUGUAUGCUGAUUCGUAUCUGCAACUCAUUUAUUGUUUUCUUAGUUUCAUAAGAUGAGAAUAUAAGCUAUAUCGUAGCGGAAAUUGAACAAAUCACUAUUGUUCUGCGAUAUGCUAUUAGUACAAAGUGUUGUCAAACAGAGGGAGCUCAACAGUUGAUGGACUCCUACCCCAAAAGUAGUGACAAGAAAACAUUGAAGAGGUGGUUUUUUAUCGAUAAAAGAGUAGGGUGAAGUGAAAAUCUGAUAUAAAUAUUAGUUUCUUACAUUGUUUCUACUGUGUGUGUCAACGUUUGCUUGCAAAACCUGGAUCCUAUGGACAUGAAUUCAAAUAAUACUCCCGUUCUCACGGAUACCGCUCCAAUAACAAAUUCAAGGCUGCAUGUGCAUUCCAAUUUGUUGCCUUAUUCACAUACCGGUGCAACCUUUCCUCACGGUAUGCUAUUGAAUAUCCCAAGGAAGAAGACGGGAAUUCUUGAAGAUGUUUUUUCUUGUGGUUGGUUGGAUGCCAUGAAAUCAUCUUCACCUCCACCGAAGAAUAAAACAAAGGAUGUUAAUCACGGAUUUGCAUCAUCUGAAGCCGAUCCUUAUUUCAACUGGCUGCUAAAGUAUCCAUCGGCACUUACAUCUUUUGAUCAAAUUACGAACUACGCAAAAGGCAAAAGAAUUGCAUUGUUUUUGGACUAUGAUGGAACUCUUUCACCAAUUGUGGAUAAUCCUGACUGUGCUUUCAUGUCAGAUAAUAUGCGUGCUGCUGUUAAAAAAGUGGCAGAGUAUUUCCCAACAGCGAUAAUUAGCGGAAGAAGUCGCGACAAGGUACAUGAAUUUGUAGGACUAACCGAACUCUAUUAUGCUGGCAGCCAUGGAAUGGACAUCAUUGGCCCUGUUAGACAAUCUCUAUCCGUAUCACAUAACCACCCUAAUUGCAUCAUUAAGUCUACUGACAAGCAGGGGAAGAAGGUGAAUUUAUUCCAACCUGCUGCUGAAUUCCUGCCAAUGAUUAAUGAGGUGCUUAAGUCUCUUAUUGAGUGUACAAAAGACAUCAAAGGAUCAAAAGUUGAGAACAAUAAAUUUUGUGUAUCUGUACAUUACCGCAAUGUAGACGAGAAGAGUUGGAGUUUGGUGGCACAACGAGUUAAUGAUGUUCUUAAGGGCUUUCCACGUUUGCGUUUAACUCAUGGUCGCAAGGUUUUAGAGGUCCGACCUGUGAUUAACUGGGAUAAGGGAAAAGCUGUCACAUUUUUACUCGAGUCACUUGGACUUAACAAUUGUGAUGAUGUGCUUCCUAUAUACAUUGGCGAUGAUCGGACGGAUGAAGAUGCAUUUAAGGUUCUGAGAGAGGGAAAUAAAGGUUAUGGGAUUUUAGUGUCUUCAGCACCGAAAGAAAGUAACGCAAGUUACUCUCUUCGUGAUCCGUUGGAGGUCAUGGAAUUUCUUAAGUCACUCGUGUUAUGGAAGCAAAGUCCCUUUAAAAGCCAUAUAUAGUGUAUAGAGGAGAAUAUACUCAGCUAUAACUAUAUUAUAAAUACAGUUAGUUUUUUGGAUUUUGGUUUUUUGGAAACAUUUCAAGAGGUUUCCUGGUGGCAUAUUCGCGCACAGGAAACCUCUUGUGGUAGCAACAUUAACCGCUGCUAUCUGCUAGUUUUGCUCAAAGCUCCAGUGGUAACUGUAAAUUAUGAGGCCUAUAAUUAUGUUAUAUAUAUCUCAAAAAAUUAAAGAAAAUGUUUUUAUUUUUUUUUUACUGUACUUCAUUCACAAAUGUAUUGGUGUUUAAUUGUUGCUUCUUCAACUUUGUUCACUAUAUAUAUGACCACUUCAACCA